GCUACCGUUCGCAUAUGAGGCUAUCGAUUGGAUAGUAGAGCCUCGGGAACGGAAGACAUACCAGCAGCAGAGCAGAAGACAAAAACGUCCCAACUUAAAUCACGUGAUAAUCACGACCAUCGCACUGCCACAGUGAUCUAACCGCGCCACAGUCUUCAUUUGGAGAGGUUCCUUUCAGCGAGCUGCAACGCAUCCCAUCCUCAUUAUCCACAUCUAUCACAUUUCCGCUAUGUCGUGGCGUGAUACCCGUGGCUCUACUGGAGCGAACAAAAUUCCUCUAGGUAGUCGGCGACGCUUCGGUAGCGAGAGUGAAACACCGGAUGGCGGCACUCCGCAGCCUGAGUUGAAGCGCGGUCGCAGCCCAGAACGCACAGAGCGUCGCAGGAAGCGUAAUAGAUGGGGAAAUGCAGAUGAGAACAAGGCAGCCGGUCUCAUGGGCCUUCCCACUGCGAUUCAAGCACCUAUGACCGCCGAACAACUUGAUGCCUACGUUCUACAUCUGCGUAUCGAAGAAAUCAGCCAGAAGCUCCGCAUUAAUGAUGUCGUACCAGCGGAUGCUGACAGGUCUCCGUCACCUCCACCACAGUAUGACAACCUAGGUCGUCGGACGAAUACUCGUGAACAGCGCUACAAGAGAAAGCUUGAGGACGAGCGUCACAAGCUCGUUGAGAAGGCGCUCAAGACCAUUCCUGACUAUCACCCUCCCUCUGAUUACAGGCGCCCCGCAAAGACCCAAGAAAAGGUCUACGUUCCUGUUAAUGACUACCCAGAAAUUAACUUCAUUGGCUUACUAAUCGGUCCUCGCGGUAACACAUUGAAGAAGAUGGAGACAGAAUCUGGGGCCAAGAUUGCUAUUCGAGGCAAAGGCUCAGUCAAAGAAGGCAAAGGUCGCUCUGACGCAGCACACGCUAGCAAUCAAGAAGAAGAUUUACAUUGCUUGAUUAUGGCAGACACCGAAGACAAGGUCAAUAAGGCCAAAGAGCUUAUUCAUCAGGUCAUUGAGACGGCCGCGUCUAUUCCCGAGGGUCAGAAUGAACUCAAACGCAACCAGCUUCGUGAGCUAGCCGCGCUGAAUGGUACCCUUCGUGACGAUGAGAAUCAAGCAUGCCAAAACUGCGGUCAAAUUGGUCAUCGUAAAUAUGACUGCCCUGAGAAGCAAAAUUUCACUGCAAACAUUAUUUGCCGAGUUUGUGGCAACUCUGGCCAUAUGGCACGAGACUGUCCAGAUCGUCAACGUGGGGCCGACUGGCGCAAUGGCCCUAGUUCUCGUGCUGUUCGCAACCCUGAUCAAGAUUACCAAGCUUUAAUGGGCAGUCUCAGCGGCAAUGGCCCAGCCGGUGCCAUUGAGGCAGGUCCAGGUGGCUAUGGAGGAGGUGCUGAUGACGGUGUCAAGCCGUGGGAGCGUCCUCAAGGUUCUGGAGGUCCUGCCCCAUGGGCUCAACCCCAAGGUAGUUCAAGUGGGAGCAGUGCACCAUGGGCCAACAACAAUCGUGGCAGUGACAGUUACGGCAGUUAUGGUCAGCAAUCUGGUGGCUAUGGAAUGCCUCCUGCUCCUGGUAGCGGAGCUCCUUGGGCCCAGCAGAAUGGUCAAGGUUCUAACUUUGGAUAUGGUGGUUACGCUGGGUACAACGCUGGAGGUGCAGCUCCGUGGCAGCAACAUGGCCAAGGAAGUUAUGGCGCUCCUCCUCCUCCACCACCACCGCCUCCAGGUGACAAUGCCCCCCCACCACCUCCUCCCGAAUCGAUCCCUCCACCACCACCUCCACCUCCCCCUGCCUGAAGCGUCGAACUGUACUAGCAUGGCUGAAACGAUAAAAUGAAAGUGGCGAUUUGGCAAUUCCGCAAAUGGAUGUUCAAUUAUACGGUGGGCGACAUGUACCUUGGCCAGCUUUCGACUAACCAUCUGUGUACUUAAUUUCUUAAUCUAUCGCUUUCUUUCUUCAGGAUAAUGCUGUGUAGUGUUGUGAGCUGUUCCCGCUUUCAGAUAUGUUUAGAGUGACUUGUGUUGCGCCGAAGCUUAUCACUGUUUUUCCAACUUUGCAGUCUAUCACUUGGCUAUGGGAGACGUAUGCGUGAAGCG